AUGGAGCCGCUGCCGUCGGCGACGGCCGCCGGCGUUGGGGGCCCCGGCCCUGGGUCCGGGUACCCCGAGUCCACGGAGUCUUCUCCACGCAGCCGGGGUGGGGAUUCGUGGGACGAGCCCUUCCCGUCCUCCGCGGCGGCGGCGGCCGCGGCUGCCGGCGGCGGGGGCCGGCUCCGCCUGAUGUGCAGCUUCGGGGGCCGGAUCGUCCCGCGCCCGACCGACAAGUCGCUCUGCUACGUGGGCGGGGAGACCCGGAUCGUGGCCGUGGAUCGGCACGCGUCUCUCGCCGACGUCCACGCGCGCCUCUCGCGGUCUCUGCUGGGCGGCCACCCCUUCACGCUCAAGUAUCAGCUGCCCAACGAGGACCUCGACUCCCUCAUCUCCGUCUCUACGGACGAGGACCUCGACAACCUCGUCGAUGAGUACGACCGCAUCGCUGCGACCUCCUCCGGCGGGGGAUCCUCGCGCACCUCCCGGAUCCGCCUCUUCCUCUUCCCCGCCAAGCCUGAGUCCUCGUCCUCGCUCGGCUCCCUGCUCGACGACUCUUCGAAGUCCGAGAACUGGUUCGUCGACGCCCUCAACAGCGCCAUCUCCGGCUCCCUCGACGACAUCCCGAGGGGGAUCUCCACCGAUUCAGCUUCCGUCAACUGUCUUCUCGGCCUCGAGGACGACUUCUCCGUGCACUCCCGCAGCGGCGUGACCAACUCGGCUCCCACGGAGGACCAGCGCUCCAGCCAGCCGAAGCUCCCGGCCGGCGCCACCGCCGUCGCUGCCGCCGUUGGUGCAGGGAGGCACCCGCACGACGUCCAAUCCGUGCCAGACUCGCUGAUGCUGGACAAGAACUCCUCGUUCGGGUCUACCUCCUCGGCCCCGUCGCUAUCGAAUCUUCCGCCUAUACGCGUGCGGCCGGAGGACCGCCCGUCGGACGCCCGCAUCAUGCAACCUACCGCUGUGGAGGAUCACUUCGCGCAGAUGGGGAUCUCCGAGCAGCAGCUGCCGCCAUACAUACAACCUCAACAGCAGGUGCCGAUCCCUGCCAUGACCGGCAUGUCGCCCUCUGAGGCGUCCAGCCGAGUGUUCUCUGACGAUGAUAAGUCCGAUCACGGUGGCGGAGGUCGGAAACCACAACCUCUCAAGCAGGAGGUUCCACCGGUUGUUGAUCCCACCAACAGAGCCGUCUACUAUAAUGAUAGAUCUCCUCCGGCCGACUUGAAACGAGACAUGCCGGUGGGAACGGAAGCUGCCAGCUACCGCCUCCCUGUAUCAGCUCCGGACGCUGCCGCGGCUGCCGCCGCAACACAGGUCCCACCUGGAUAUGUCCUUACCCAGAUGCAUGCGCCUCAGCCACCGCAGCAACAUCCACCACCGCAGCAGCAACAGCAACAGCAACCACAACAACCAGCUCCUCAACAGAUUGUUGCUGCUGGAAAUCAGCAUUUCAUCCACAACCCUGCCACUGGCACCUUCAUUCCAAUCCAGUCCUAUUACCACCAUCCUGUUCCUCAGCAGGCACCCCAGACUGUGCCGAGGCCGCAACAGGCACCUACAUUCGACCCAAAUACGGGGAUGUAUUACCUUCCUAUGCAGCAGAAUGCACAUCAGCCAUAUAGCAUGCCUCCUGGUGCACAAGUCACUUUGCCACCUCCCACCCUUGUUGACACAACGCCAAAGCCGACCGUGCCAAUUCCUCAGAUGGCUGUAAGGCCUGAAUUGCAACAACCUGGUGUUUAUCGAACAACAGCUGCCGCUACGCCUGCUCCAGCACCUAAUGCAGCACCUGGAUAUGCUGGGAUGGCAUACCACCAUGUCAUUCAAUCGCACCACCACCCCUCACCGCAGCCCGUCGCAAAUUUGGCUGGCAACUUUGGAUAUGAGUAUGCUGAUCCUACGCGCCCACAAGUCUACUACUCACAGGCAGCUGCACCUCCAACAUUGCCACCUCAGUAUCAGCCCUUUGUCUCUCCUGAUGCUGGACAGGCUGAAAAACAUUAA